AUGUCCAGAGAAAGGGAGAGAUUAGAUGAGAUAGCAAAGAAGUUGAAAACAGAAUUCGAUGCAUCGUCACAGAUGGGAAGGAGAAACAUGUUAGGUCCUCCAGGAACCUUGAAUACCAUUACUCCAUGUGCCGCUUGUAAGCUGCUCAGACGAAGAUGUGCGGAAGAAUGCCCUUUUUCUCCUUAUUUUUCCCCACAUGAACCCCAGAAAUUUGCUGCUGUUCACAAAGUUUUUGGUGCUAGCAACGUUUCCAAGAUGCUCACGGAGGUCCCUGAGAAUCAAAGAGUUGAUGCUGCAAAUAGUUUGGUAUACGAAGCAAACGUGAGACUAAGAGAUCCAGUAUACGGAUGCAUGGGGGCAAUUUCAGCAUUGCAACAACAGGUUCAAUCUUUACAGGGCGAACUUCAUGCAGUUAGGAAUGAGAUACUGAGAUAUAAAUAUAGAGAGGCUGCAAAUAAUAUCAUAGCAUCUACUCAUGCUGCUUUGGUCUCCUCUGGAAAUCAUGUAUCUGUUGCUAUGAUGCCACAAGCUCCGGCUACUCCAACUCCCACCCCCGCUCCCGCUCCUUCUACUCCCACACCAGCUCCCGCACCACCUCCUCCACCACCGGCCCAACCUUCUGCUUCUCUUGUUGUUGUUUCCACCACUUCUUCUGCUCCUUCAGCUCCAUCUUUGUACACCCCACCUUCUAGCACAGCUAGUUUUAGCCCUAUCACAAACAAUAAUAUACCCUUUUUCGAUUAA